UUGCAACUUGUUUUUUUUAAAGGCCAAUAUUGUAUACAUUUCCCACAGCAUAGUAGUCAUUUGGCCAUUGUCACCAUCGCAUACUUCUUCCCGAAAACGUUGAUGUCACACCCGUCUAUCUAAAGCAUCAUCUCAUUCUCACCCAUCGCCCGAAACAUGCGCCAGUCUCUCGCGAAGCUGGCUUCGGCCUCGGCCAUGCAAAACGGCCUGCGGCCCAAGCCAAUGGCCCUCCUGCCUCCUAUUCCGCUGUACCGACGGCUUCUGCGCGCCCACAGGAAAUUCCUCCCCACGGAAAUGCGGCUUCUCGGAGACGAGUAUGUCAAGGCUGAGUUUCGAGCUCAUCGGAACGUGGACAAUCCUGCGCAUUUGAUUGGCUUCCUUUCGGAAUGGCAGAUGUAUGCUCAGCAGAUUGAGGGCGAAUCCUGGGUGGGUGAGAAGAUUGAUCAAGGGAAAUUGGCGAAGAUGAGCGACGAGCAAAUCCAACAGUUGUAUGAGUUGAUGCAGGCCAUUCAAAAGCAUCAAAACGGAGAAGAUACUGAAUGAUUGACCUUUAGCAAGGGGCUUGUGGACAUUAAAAAUUGUAGAAUUAGAUUGUAAAUUUAACAAAUGUAUAUAUAUCUAGCAUCUAUCAAAAUAUAGAGGGUAUAUCCUUCAUCG